GGUAGUUUAGAAAUAUUAUAGACAAUUUAUCACUUAAAUUAAUUUUGCUAUAAAAAUAUCAAAAUAAGGGAGGUAACAUAAUAUCUCAAACCUCAAGGGAGGUGAGUGUUAACGAAGCCAAACCUGAGGGGGGGGCUUUGAAAUUAUCUCUACAUAUUAUCUUACCGUUUAACCACAAAACAUUUAGUAGAGAAUCUAACGCGAGAUUACGGUCUUCAUAAGUUAAUUUUUUUUUUGCUCUUAUAUAUAGUGUGUUAAUUAGCCUGCUCACCUCACUCUUCACUUUCUCUUCUUUCAUCGUACUAAUUCUUCCAAGUGAUUUCUUCAAAUUUUUUCAAAGCAAUGGCUGAUAAAACUUUUCCAAAUGAUAUUCAGGAUGCUCCUAAUUGCACGAUAUGCUUAGACGAAGUAGUUGAUAACGCUCAAAGAUCCAUAACUAAGCUUCUUUGUGGACAUUUUUUUCACACCGAUUGUAUUGGUUCACACUUUAAUACCAGGGGCAUGAUGAUCUGCCCCAAUUGCCGUAUUAUCGAAGAAGAAGGGGACUGGAGGUUUUUUGAAGGUCCUGAAAGUGAAGAUGAAGAGAGCAGCGAUGAGGAAUUAACGCCUGAAGAGGUGAUGGAGCUUGAUGCAAGGAUGGAAGUGUAUAAUGCAGGAGGUGAUAUCAAUAUGAGCCAAGAGGACGAGAAUGAUCCAUUGACAAGUGGACUGAUAGACGAUCAUCAAAGUACACCUCCAAAUAUUCAUCACAGUACUCCCAAAAUCAUGAAUGGUGGUCGUACAAUUUUCUCUCAUACUUUUGUGCAUGAAAGCUCUAGACUCCCAGAUGAUGAUUGGAUUCAACACUUAAGGCAACUAUUGCCUGUUGCUCCUCCUUCUCCAAUUGCUCCCCAGAUGGUUGAUCAGAGUCAGAGGCGUCCACUUCGUACGUUUGAAAUAACGGGUCCAAACAUUGGGUCGGGUCAGGUGAAUGGUGAAGCAUCCACUUUGCACGAGCAGGCUUGUAACAAUUCUUUACCGUCUCUGGAGCUUACCUUGGGCAGGGGUGCGCGGCCUUGUCAAUGUUUUCGUUGCCGCCCGUCUUCAAGCAGGAUCCGUCAAUGAAAAUAUUUGUCUAAAAUAGUCAUCAAAUAUGACAUUUGUGGAUGGUUAUUUUGUCUCUCUCUUUUUUUUUUUUUUUUUUUAAUUAUGGAAUUAAUACUUCGUUUUUUAACCUUGGCAAUUUAGAGAAUAUAUAUUCCUUAAGUUACUUAUUUGUUCGUUCAUGCUCCUGUUCAUCACAUCUAGUAUCCUCGAAGUGCUCGGAUAAAAUAAUUUUUCUAUACUCGUUAGAGUCUCUAUCAGAAUUUGAGCACAAAAAUCAAAGGUAGAGAAGAUAGUAGUUUAUAAUUAAAACUAAGCCAAAUUGUUUCAUAUUUUUGAGAAAACAUACCUAGUCAAGAAUAAGAAGAGAUACCAUCCAGAAAAAAAAAAAAAAAAAAAAGGCAAAAGCUUGAUUUGUUGCCGAGUAAAAAAAAAAUCACCGAGAAGAACCUUAAUGUUUGCAAAGACAAGGUAUAAAGUAGCAUCUUGAAAAGUACCUAGUCUAUAAAUGUUGAUAAAAUUAUAUAGAAAUAUUAUAUGAUAACCUAUAUUUCUCAUUAUGAGAAAAUUCACAUCUAAAAUAUCCAAGUUAAAAACCCAAAUUCUAAAAUAUUAUUUUCAUGUACUAUAAAACUACAUCUCAUAUCAAAUAUGAUAUCAUUUUAUGUGCG